CUGAGAUAAGGACCAGCAGGGACCAGCAGGGACCAGCAGGGACCAACGGAUGCGUCAAUGGAUAAGCAGUUGAACGAAGGAGGAAGUUUACUUCCUUCAGAAAAAGUUGCAAGAUAUUCUAUGAUAUCUGCGUGCUUUAAUUUUGUCAAUUCCAUCAUCGGAUCCGGUGUGAUAGGUUUGCCAUACGCAUUCAACCAAGCAGGACUUCCUUUGGGCUUUUUGCUUCUGAUCCUGGUUGCUUUCAUCACAGACUACACCAUCAUCCUGCUGAUAAGAGGAGGUCAUCUGUCACGAGCCAACAGCUACCAGCGUUUGGUGCAAAGCGCCUUUGGUGUUCCAGGACUUGUGCUUUUAUCGGCACUGCAGUUCCUGUAUCCGUUCAUUGCGAUGAUCAGCUACAACAUCACCACCGCUGACACGCUCACCAAAGUAUUUCAGAGAAUUCCUGGAGUUGGUCCAGAGCACAUCCUGGCCAACCGCCGCUUUGUCAUCAUUGUGAGCACGCUGAUGUGCACGCUGCCGCUCUCGCUCUACCGAAAUAUCCACAAACUUGGCAAGGCGUCCUUCCUGUCCAUGCUGCUGACACUCAUCAUCCUGCUCAUCGUCAUUGUCAGAGCGGCGACCUUGGGACCACAAAUCCCCCCAACACAGGAUGCUUGGAUGUUUGCAAAAUGGAACGCCAUCCAGGCCGUCGGUGUCAUGUCUUCUGCCUUCAUAUGUCACCACAACAGCUUUCUCAUCUACGGCUCUCUGGAGCCGCCCACGCUGGCCAACUGGACUCGGGUGACUCACAUCUCAGUGGGCUCGUCACUCGUCAUCAGCGCCACCUUUGCGUUGGGAGGCUACGCCACCUUCACGGGAUACACGCAAGGAGACCUCUUUGAAAACUACUGCAGAAAUGAUAAUCUGGCAACCUUUGGCCGUUUCUGUUUUGGCCUCAGCAUCAUCACAACAUUUCCACUGGAAUGUUUUGUUACUAGAGAGGUGAUAUGCAACGCUGUCUGUGGUCGGGCGCUGUCAGCGGUGGAGCACGUAUGCGUGACUGUGGUCAUCGUUGCAGUUUGCACGGCCGUAUCGUUGGCCUACGACUGUCUGGGAAUUGUUCUGGCUCUGAAUGGAGUUGUGAGCGCCACACCUCUGAUCUUCAUCAUCCCCUCCGCGUGCUACCUCAAGCUGUCCUCCGCUCGCUGGUAUCACAGCGAAAUGUUGAUUCCCAUCAUUUUCAUCCUUUUGGGCGUGUUUGUCAUGGUCACUGGCUUGACCUUGACGGGUCUUAACCCCCAAGACUGUUCACACGGGGUGGAGAUGUUCUACUGUGCAGACGCCAACGUCUCUGCUACUCAAGCACCUGUGUGACAGGUGUGGACACGCCCACUGUGAUCACGCCUAUGGAAGCGUAUUGUAUCAUAAUACAGACAGAAUGCAGCGUUUACAGUAUUCUAUGAUUUACUCAUAUUCUUAUCGCCUUUGUGGUCACAGAUGCUUUUUGUUUUCUCUUGCAUUUGUUUCGCUUGCAUUUGAUCAAAGUGGAAGCACUUGUGGUUGAUGUUGAGGAUGCGCGACCCCACAAAUUUGCCACUUUUUGAAAAAAGAAAUGCAGUUUCAAUGAUUUGUGUGUCACAGUUACAUUUGUAAAGAAAUGUAACAUCAUUGUGACACGAGGAGCACUUGCUGACAUCCGUGCUUUUGCGAAGGUUCUGAUGGAUUAUUCCAUGACGCUGGUGUCCAAAAUGAGGCCGGGGGUCAGCUUGUUUUUAUACUGUCCCCUUGGAAUAUUUUAGAUUUAGGGUUUUUUUUUAAUAUAAAAUAAAAAAAGUGUUUUGUCUACUUUUCUGAAGAGAUGAAAUUAUUGUAUUCAUUAGU